AGAAGCGGCACUAGCGUGUGUACAUCCCUGUAAAGGCCUCGGCGGUGCGUCAUCGGCAUUCACUGGCGCCGCCAGCUUCUAGAUUCACAGCCCCAAGGCACAAGGCAUCUCCACCGUGUCCUUUCACAUGCUUUUGCCACAAGAGUGGUACUUGAGUUGUCUUAACCAUCCCCAUCCAACACUCUUCUGAUUCACGGCCUUGCGACAACAUGCAUCUCCUCAGCUUCCUCUACCCUGCUCUGUUGGCAGCGAGUGGCGCGGAAGCCCUUCGCUCAGACAAAGUUAAGCUGGCCAAGAUUGAAAGUCUCACACUGCGCAAAGGACAGCAGACUUCUGCACGACGCGUCGACCCUAUCCCUCAGCUGAAAUGCAUCGGUGGUUCCGCACGCGGCCUCUACGAACCUGAGAUAAUGCGCUGCAAGAACAGCGGCUCUGACUACGACGAAGACUCCAUACAAUGGACCUGCACCGCCUCGCUACCCGAAGAAUUCAAACUCGGCUCCACAGACGUCAUCUGUGAAGGUUACGAUUACCCCGAAGACCCAUACAUCUUGAAAGGAAGCUGCGGUGUAGAGUACCGCCUUGUCCUCACGGAGAAAGGCCAAGAGAAGUAUGGCAAGGGAACAGGGAGAUGGCAGGGCGACGACGACGACGACGAUCGACCUGACGGGCCGAAAACCAUGGGCGAGAAGAUCGCGGGCGGACUAUUCUGGAUGCUCUUCGGUGGUGUCGUGUUGUGGAUGAUAUACUCUGCGCUGAGGAACCGCGCACAAGGUCCGGAUGGCGGCGCAGCAGGAGGCAACAGACCUGGCUGGGGAGGUGGCGGCGGCGGUGGUGGAUGGGGAGGAGGCUACAACGACGACAACGAUGACCCGCCUCCACCAUACUACCCAAACAAUCCCAGUAACCCUAAGUCGGGCUACGGUGCGACACAACCGACACAAGGCUGGAGACCUGGCUUCUGGUCUGGUGCGGCAGGUGGCGCCGCUGCUGGAUGGGCUGCGGGCCAGUUUGGCAACAGAGGCAACCGGAACAACCAGACAGGCGGCCGGGGCGCUGGGAACGGAAGUGGCAGUCGCUGGAACAACGGCGGAGAGGGUAGCUCAAGGAGUUCAUCUGGUGAUAGUUUCUCCAGCACCAGGCAUGAGAGCACUGGGUUCGGAGGAACCUCGCGGAGGUGAUCUGUUGUUGAUAAUUUCUCUAUUGGCCUAAGAAUGAUACCCCAAUUUACGCGUUCUGGACAUAAAUCUAUUUAACUUGAGUACUUCUGGACAUGCGUGUACAAAUAUGAAUAAGAUAUGCACUGAAAACAAUG